AUGUACCCGCGAUUGUUUUUACCCCUUGUUGUUAGGAGGGUGGGUGUUUUUCGCCUGAACUUGUCAUCUCCUCAAUUGCGUACGUUUAAUACCUCGUUGCCAGCGUUUUCUUCUGGGCCGUCUUUCAAAAAUAUCCUUCAGAAAAAUGAUCUACCUGAUGACGUCAAGAAAGGUAUUGAAUCGGAGGCGAGAGACAUGUUAAAGGAUUGGCUUCCUUACGGAUGGAACGAUUACGACAGAAUUGAUGACACUACCAAGUAUAAAACGGUUACUUUUCUCUUAAUGGUGUGUUUCACUUUUGGACUUGCUUUCCAGUUAUGGUACCGCCCUCGUGGCCUCGAAGGUGACUGGGCUAGACGUGAGGCAUUCCUUGAACUUGAAAGACGUCGUGCGUUGGGUCUCCCGUUGGUCGAUCCAAAUCUGAUACCACCCGAGCGCGUUAAGCUUCCUCCGAAAGAAGACCUUGAUCCAGACUUCAAAAUCAUUAUAUAG